CACAGUGACUGGAGACAUGGCGCAGCGAGCUCUAAACCAGGAAACUAUAACUUGUUCCAUCUGUUUGGAUCUGCUGAAGGAUCCAGUGACUCUUCCCUGUGGACACAGCUACUGCAGAGACUGUAUCCAAACCAACUGGGACCAAGAGCAAAGGUACAGCUGUCCUCAAUGUAGACAGAGCUUUGUCCCCAGGCCUGUCCUGGUCAAGAGCACAGUGUUAGCCAAUAUAGUGGAGGAGCUAAAGAAUACAGGGCUCACAGCGCCCCCUGCUGACCACUGCUAUGCCGGACCUGGAGAUGUGAGUUGUGAUUUGUGCACUGGGAGGAAGCUGAAGGCUGUCAGCUCCUGUCUGCAGUGUCUGGUCUCUUACUGUGAGACUCACCUCCAGCCUCAUCGUGAUGUGGCAGUACUACAGAAACACCAGCUGGUGGCGCCCUCUGACAAACUCCAGGAAAAUCUCUGCUCUCAACACAACAAACUGAUGGAGUUAUUCUGCCACACAGAUCAGCAGAUCAUCUGCUCCCUCUGUGUGGACCAACACAGGGGCCAUGACACAGUGUCCUCUGCAGCAGAGAGGGCCCAGAGACAGGCACAGCUGGAGGCCAACAAGUCCCUGCUGCUCCAGAGUCUCCAGCACAAAGAGACAGACCUGAAGAAGCUCCAACAGGACGCCCAGGACAUUAGCCGCUCUGCCAAGACAGCACUGCAACAAAGUGGGGACAUGUUCACUCAGAUGAUUCUUCUCCUGGAGAAAAGACGCUCUGAAGUGGAGCAGCAGAUCCAGUCUGAGCACGAGACCAAACUGAGUCAAGUCCAAGAGCUCCAAGACCAACUGCAGAGGGACAUCUGUGAUCUGAAGAAGACCAUCUCUGAGCUGGACACACUGUCCCUCACUCCGGAUCAUAACCAGUUUAUACUGCACUGUCCUCCACUGUCCACACUCACAAAGGGAACAGAGUCCAGGGUCCAGACCGGACUAAGAGGGGAAUUUGAGGACAUGACCAGAGCUGUGUCAGUGCUGAGGGACAAACUGCAGCUCACUCUGAGAGAGUUUAAACUGACUGAACCUGAGCCAUGCACCAGAGAGGACUUCAUCAGAUACUCACAGGACAUUACACUGGACCCAAACACAGCACACAAACAACUGUCUUUGUCUGAUGGAAACAGAAGAGUCACAGUUAUGAAUAAAGAGCAGAGUUAUUCUGAUCACCAAGAGAGGUUUGUUAGAUGGUGGCAGGCCAUGAGCAGGGAGAGUCUGACCGGUCGCUGUUACUGGGAGGUGGAGAGGAGUGGGGACAGGGGGGUUCGUAUAGCAGUGUCCUACAGGGACGCUAUGAGACAAAGGACCAGAGAGGAAUAUAAAUUUGGGAAUAAUCAUGCAUCUUGGGCAUUAGACUGCAGGGGAAACAGAUACUCAUUUUGGUUCAAUAAUGUCGAGUCUGAGGUCUCAGGUCCACUUUCGUCCAGAAUCGGGGUUUACCUGGACCACAGUGCAGGGGCUCUGUCCUUUUACAGUGUUAAUGGUCAGAGCAUGAACCUCCUCCACAGAGUCCACACCAACUUCACUCAGCCUCUGUUCACUGGAGUCUGGCUUAAUAGUUUUGGACACACUGCCCAUUUCAUUAAACUCAAAUAAAAUGUAUGACUGAAAUUAGUAUCUAACGGGUGUCUUUGGAGAUUAAUGUAAAAUGUAAAGUUUAUAUUUAAUUAUUGGUAUGUAUGUCUAAUUCAUCAAGUUGUCUUGUGCAUUGAAUGAUUAUUACUACACUUACCACUUCUACUGCUAGUGCAAUAGUAUUACUAUUACUAACUAUGUCUGCAUAAAUUGUGGAGGAAUAUCCACAGCAUUUGCAUGUUUUGCAUGUUUGUUGCAUGUUUGACCAAGUUCCUCUGACUUGGCUCACCUGAUCAGACUUUUGAAGUAACAUUCUUCGUCAUAGAAACUUAAUCAAAACUAGACUGAAUAAUGUUAGUGUUCAGUAUGCUGGAUCUGUCAUUGCUGCUCUGCUCAGCUCUAUCUGUAAAUCUGUGAACAAACUGGUGGUGUCAGGUUAAAGGGCAAAGGGUGCGGGCCUUUAACUACAUGAAUUGUAAAAUUAAUUGUGUCAUUGUUAAACACAUAUCUGUUAACCAUUAUCCAGAGUGAUUUUUUUGUAUGUGCUGUUCAAAAUGUAUUCUUUUCAGUGCAGAUUAAAAUACCAUAAGAAUACUUGUAUAUUAAUGUAUGUAUGCAUGUAUGUAAAAGUACAAAUUGAGUAGCAAAGAAUUAUUCUGUAAAAGUAUCACAUGAAAAAUAUCAAAUACAGUAAAACUUUCAGAGUAAAAAAUAAAUGUAAUGUAAAGUAAAUAAAGCAUAAAAGUUCAA